AUGCGAACUUCCCUUUUACUUACCUUGAUUGGAGCUACUAGCAUUACUUAUGGUGAGUUGAUUCCUCCCCAUGACCACCAGUCUCAUCAGGUACAUCAAACAUCAAGUAUGGAAGACUAUUCAACAACACCAUAUGAAGGAUCUCAUUGGAAGGCUUCCCUCGAACACAUCUACCAUGGUAAUGGCAUUCAACAACAUCUUACAAUAAAUAUUUAUGACCAUGAAGACGGUGCCGAUGAUGUCAAUGGUAAUAUCGAUGAUCAUCCAUCUUCCUGGUUGCCAUUGGGCGAUCCCGUCAAUGCUACAUAUAUUUUACAACUUCAUAACACGCGACGUGCUACGCAUCAAGUCCCUCCUUUGAUUUGGAAUCAAGAUGCUGCGAAUUAUGCUCAAUCUAGAGUUAAUCAAUGUCGUUUUGAACUUAGUGGAAACCGUAAGUAUGGAGAAAACAUGGCAAUGGGAUAUACUUCUUGGGAUCAAGUGAUGAAAGCAUGGGCUGAUGAUGAAGAACCAAAAUACAAUUUUGAACAUGGAGACUUUGAUACUAGUACUGGUGCAUUCACUCAAGUGGUUUGGAAAUCCACUAGCUCAGUGGGUUGUGGUCUUCGACAAUGUCUUAAUGGUGCAUUUUAUAGUUGUAAUUAUGAAGCACCUGGGAAUAUUAGAGGUCAAUACCAGCAAAAUGUCUUCCCACCAAAAACAAAUCCAUCCAUCAUCAUGGCCACACAAAUUUAG